AGUCCAACUGUCAAAGGUCCUCUUCUGUUCCCCCUUUUCACCUUGUCGCUUUCCAAUCUUUCCUACGCUCUCAAAUACACACCUUGCUGCUCCACACUCACCUCUCUCUCUCUCUCUCUCUCUCUCUCUCUCUCUCUCUCGUUUAGAUCAGUGGAGAGAUCUAUCUAUUAAGGUGAAGGGGAAAGAAAGGUUUUGAGAGAAUACUGGCUGCCAAAUAAUGGCGAAUAAGAAUAAUGCACCAGGCCAAAGAGGGCGAAGGCCGUUGUCAAUAUUUGCUGUUCUCGCCCUUUGCUGUUUCUUUUACCUUUUGGGAGCAUGGCAAAGGAGCGGGUCAGGAAAGGGGGAUAACCUUGCCUUGAAAGUGAAUAACCUGAUGUCAGACUGCAACAUUAUGCCUGAGUUGAGUUUUGAAUCUCAUCACAAUGAUGUAGAAAUUAUUGAACCGGCUGAACCAAAAGCUAAAAAGAUCAAGGCAUGUGAUGUUAAAUAUACUGAUUAUACACCUUGCCAAGAGCAAGACCGAGCAAUGACAUUCCCAAGAGAAAAUAUGAUAUAUAGGGAAAGGCAUUGUCCCCCUGAAGAUGAAAAACUGCGUUGCCUCAUUCCGGCCCCUAAUGGUUACACGACUCCUUUUCCUUGGCCUAAGAGCCGGGAUUUUGCCUACUAUGCCAAUGUUCCUUACAAGAGCUUGACAGUGGAGAAGGCUGUUCAAAAUUGGGUGCAAUUUCAGGGAAAUGUGUUUAAAUUUCCUGGCGGAGGGACCAUGUUCCCUCAAGGAGCAGAUGCAUAUAUUGAUGAACUUGCAUCAGUUAUUCCAAUUAAAGAUGGUUCUAUCAGAACAGCACUGGACACUGGCUGUGGAGUUGCUAGCUGGGGAGCCUACAUGUUAAAGAGGAACGUGCUCACUAUGUCCUUUGCCCCAAAGGACAACCAUGAAGCACAAGUUCAGUUUGCACUAGAACGAGGAGUUCCAGCUGUUAUUGGUGUUCUUGGUACCAUCCAUCUUCCAUACCCUGCAAGAGCUUUUGACAUGGCUCAGUGUUCUCGAUGUCUAAUACCAUGGACUUCAAAUGCGGGCAUGUAUCUAAUGGAAGUUGAUCGAGUCCUGAGGCCUGGUGGAUACUGGGUUUUAUCUGGGCCUCCAAUUAAUUGGAAAACAUACUAUCAGACAUGGAAGCGGUCUAAGGAGGACGUCAAGGCAGAGCAGAGAAAUAUUGAGGAGUUAGCUGAAAGUCUUUGCUGGGAAAAGAAGUAUGAAAAGGGUGAUAUUGCUAUCUGGAGGAAAAAGAUAAAUGCUAAAUCCUGCCUAAGAAAGUCUCCCAACUUAUGUGAUUCAGAUAAUGCUGAUGAUGUUUGGUACAAAAAGAUGGAGGGCUGUCAGACCCCUUUCCCUGAGGUAUCCAGCAAAAGUGAAGUUGCUGGAGGUGAAUUGAAGAAGUUUCCCGCUAGGCUUUAUGCUGUCCCUCCUCGAAUAGCUAAGGGCAUUGUUCCCGAUGUUACAGCUGAAUCUUAUGAAGAGGACAACAAAUUAUGGAAAAAGCAUGUUAAUGCUUACAAAAGAAUGAACAAGUUGAUUGGCACUACCAGAUAUCGAAAUGUGAUGGACAUGAAUGCAGAGCUUGGAGGAUUUGCAGCUGCACUUGAAUCACCAAAAUCCUGGGUUAUGAAUGUUGUGCCCACGAGUGCUAAGAACACCUUAGGUGUUAUUUACGAGAGAGGUCUGAUUGGCAUUUACCAUGACUGGUGUGAAGGCUUUUCUACAUACCCCAGGACAUAUGAUCUCAUUCAUGCAAAUGGUUUAUUUAGCAUGUACCAGGACUCGUGCAACCUGGAAGACAUCCUUAUUGAAAUGGACCGAAUCCUAAGACCCGAAGGAGUCGUCAUCAUCAGAGACGAAGUCGAUGUCCUGAACAAGGUCAAGAAAAUUGUUGGGGGGAUGAGAUGGGAAGCCAAAAUGGUGGAUCACGAGGAUGGCCCUCUUGUGCCUGAGAAGAUAUUGGUUGCUGUUAAAGAAUACUGGGUUUCCAGCAGCAAUAACAGCACCUCCAGUGAGGAAUAAAACCAUUGCAUUUUUUUGGGGUAUGAAAGUGAAACUUGUCUCUCAGAUCUCAGCAUGCAGCAACCAUCAAGGUUUCAGAGCCAUUAAGGAAUAGUGCAAAAAGAAAAGGGUAAAAGAAAAAGAGGGAAAAAAAAUAGAAAUUGUUAUAGUGCAAAGUAAAAGCAAAAGAUUGGUUAUGUAAGCUUAUUCUACGCCUGCCUUAUACAAGUGUAGAUAAAAUAGGUCUUAACUAGUCUUAUUAAGUUUAUUUAGAUAUAGAUUAGCACAAGUUCGGCUACCAAGAUAAUUUAAUCUAAGGAUAUUCUGUUGAAUAAUCAUGGUGAAGGAAUAUUGAAGCAUUGAAAUCCCACUAUUCGUUUUUCGGUUUUAA